AUGUGGAGACAAAGCCUCACAAGAGUUAGAGGACAAGUGAUUAUGUUCCAGCGAUGGAGGCCUGAUUUUGAUGUUCAUGUAAAGAACGUCACAACUAAGCUGGUUUGGAUCAAGUUUCCUAACCUGCCACUUGAAUAUUGGCACCAGAAGAUUCUGUUGACCAUGGCAAAGGCGGCAUGGAGAACUAUGGCAUUGGACAGGUGUUCCCGAUCUGCUGCAAUGGGUACCUUCUCGAGGGUGCAGGUGGAGGUUAAGGAAGCAGAAGUAAGGGAGGAGGGGCAGCAUGAAGGGACCAUUCCAGGGGCAAUCUUUGUUGAUGAAGAAGGUGGUGAUCGGAAUGGUGGCCAUCGGGAAGGGGGGAAUCCGGUGUGUGGGGCAUCCAAAUCGGGUAGGAUUUCUUCCCAUUUGAGGGAAGAAUCUCCUUCCUUAUCCGUUUUGCCAUAUUUAAGGAAAUCUAAUAACAAUAUUGAUUUUGAAAAUUUGAAUGGCAAGAUUCAAAUUGUUCUCCCAUCGGGUGAGGAAAGGGAUAUGGAAAGAAAAAUUCCAUGUGGAGGUGAUGUGGACCAAAUCAUUGAGGGGGAGAAUGACUUGAAGGAAUAUGGGUCGAAUUCUGAAGGUGGUUCGGAGGAUGGGUUGGAUGGUGGAUCGGUUGAUGGGCCUAAGGCCUUUGUGGAGCAAUGA